AUGAGGGCGGUGUGGGGUCUGUAUGGUCUUGGAAACUCUCAGAGGGAAUAUGAAAGGCAGGUUGUACUCUACAGCAUCCGCAAUCAGUUACGAUACCGGAAUAACUUAGUUAAGCAUGUCAAGAAAGAUGAACGUAAAUAUUAUGAGGAUCUGUUAAAAUACAGUCGAGAUCAUCUCAUGUUGUACCCUUAUCAUUUGUCUGACAUCAUGGUAAAAGGUCUGAGAGUAACACCGUUUUCAUAUUACACGGGCAUAAUGGAGGAUAUAAUGAACAGUGAAAAAAGCUAUGAUUCAUUACCCAACUUCACUGCUGCUGACUGUCUAAGACUUCUUGGUAUAGGAAGAAACCAGUAUAUAGAUCUAAUGAACCAAUGUAGGUCUUCAAAAAAAUUUUUCAGAAGGAAAACUGCUCACGAUCUGUUACCCGUGAAACCCGUGGAGAUUGCUAUAGAAGCUUGGUGGGUCGUGCAGUCUGGCUACAUCACUGAGGACGACAUCAAGAUUUGUACUACAUCGGAGAAGUCUGCUAUUGAUAAGAUAAUUGAUUCAGGUCCUCAGCUUGCUGGUUCAUUAGACUUCAAUGUAGUUCACAGUUUGUAUAACAAAGGAUUUAUUUACCUUGAUGUACCAAUAUCCGAUGACAGCUGUAUAGCAGUGCCACCACUUGAAGGUUUUGUGAUGAACAGAGUGCAAGGUGAUUACUUUGAAACACUCCUGUACAAGAUAUUUGUUUCAAUAGAUGAACACACUAAUGUGGCAGAGCUUGCAAACGUCCUAGAGAUUGACUUGUCUUUAGUAAAGAAUGCUGUGUCCAUGUAUUGUCGGUUGGGCUUUGCUCAUAAGAAAGGCCAAGUAAUAAACCUGGAUAAUCUUCAUCCAUCAUGGAAGAAUGUUCCUUCGGUAAACAGACUGAAGAGUACUUUGGACCCUCAAAAGAUGCUGCUUUCAUGGGACAGUGGGGAAAACAGAAGUCCUAUACAGGAAGCUGGGUCAUCAGCCACAGAUACAGAUACCAACAGUCAAGAUGAUCCAGCUGAAACAGCCAGUGUGAGCAGCCUGAAUCUGUCUAGUGGACACACAAAGCGUAUUGCCUUCCUGUUUGAUUCUACUCUCACUGCGUUUUUAAUGAUGGGAAAUCUCUCACCAAACUUGAAAAGUCAUGCAGUCACUAUGUUUGAAGUAGGAAAACUGUCAGAUGAGAGUCUUGACAGCUUCUUGGUGGAGCUGGAAAAGGUUCAAAGCACAGGUGAAGGGGAAGCACAACGGUACUUUGAUCAUGCACUUACACUGAGAAACACAAUACUGUUUUUGCGGCAUAAUAAAGACCUAGGGGCACAAGCUGUACAGCCUGAUCAACCAAAUAACGGGUUUCCCUUGGACCUCUUACGAUGUGAGAGUUUGCUUGGCUUGGAUCCAGCUACCUGCAGCAGAGUUCUCAACAAAAAUUAUACUUUGCUUGUUUCCAUGGCACCACUCACCAAUGAAAUUCGACCUAUUAGCAGCUGUACGCCCCAGCAUAUUGGACCUGCGAUACCAGAAGUCAGUUCAGUUUGGUUCAAACUGUAUAUUUACCAAAUAACUGGACAAGGACCACCCUCUCUGUUGCUCUCUAAAGGAACACGUCUUCGAAAACUUCCAGACAUUUUUCAGGGUUAUGAUCGCUUACUAAUAACAUCUUGGGGUCACGACCCAGGAGUAGUUCCUACUUCAAAUGUGCUCACAAUGUUGAACGAUGCUUUAACGCAUUCUGCUGUUCUAAUUCAGGGGCAUGGCAUGCAUGGAAUGGGAGAAACAAUGCACAUACCUUUCCCAUUUGACGAAGCUGAGCAGCAGGGAGACUUCUCUCGUGUGAACAUGGGCAUUCAUACGGCUUUAAAAAUACUGAGAAACAAAAUAGACUUGCAGCAUUUUUGUGGCUAUGUCACUAUGUUGAAUCCUACAAGUCAGCAUGCUAACAGAAAGCUGAGCGAUGCUUCUGAUGGAAGAGGAGAGGCUGAACUAGCAUCAGGAUCUGAUGUUAAUGGGAGCACAGAAUCAUUUGAGAUGGUAAUAGAAGAAACCUCAAUGGAUUCUGCAGUCAAGCAAAGCCUUGAAGUACCCACAACAGAACUGGAAUGGGUUCCCCUGGAAUUAUGCUUUGGCAUUCCACUCUUCAGCUCUGAGUUGAAUCAGAAAGUCUGCAGAAAAAUUGCCAGUCAUGGAUUAUGCAGAAAAGAAAGCCUUCAAAAACUCUUACAUUCCAGUAGAAAGCUGUCUCUUCAGGUCCUUAAUUUUGUUCAUUCAUUCCAGGAAGGUAUUUCAGCACUGGAUCAGCUCCAUGAUGCUAGUUCUUCAAGUUCACUUUUGCAGCCUAUUUCUGCAGAUAUGGGUGUUCCACUUCCUGCCAAGAAUCUCAUGUUCAAAGACGGUGUAUUAUCUGAAUGGAACGGAUGGUCCCCGUCCUCGGUUUUUUUCAACCACACCUAAGGAGCAGGUCAAAUAGGGAUUCUCAUGCAUUGAUCACUAAAUGCCUUUCUUCUAUUAUGGUUAAUUCCUAGUGCCAACCACUAAGAAGUGUACCGCUGCUGCAGCAUAACCCAUGUGAAAGUAGUGUUACAAAAAUGUGUUGUGUUGCAGUAUUGGGGAAAUGCUUAAACCGUCUAGAACUUGUUACUCAUUACUGCAUAUCUUGCUGCAACAGAGAGCUUUUUAGCUGUCAGCACUAUUUUUAUCUUGAGACAAUCUUUCUUUUAUAACUAAACAUGCCCUUUCUAGGCUUUCUGAUGAUUGUUAAAUUUCUAUGCUGUCACCACAAGAUUGCAAUAGUAGUUUUCUAUGUUCGUUACUCAGACAUAAAUUCUGUUUAGUUUUGUACUGUAUUACUGAAAAAUCUUUCUGUAUAAAGGUAAGAGAUUUAACACUUCCUCCGAAAGCUCAGUGAUACCUUCUGUUAAAAAAGUAUCAUGGUGAUAUGGGGCAUUAAGAAUUGUUGAAUUCUGUAGG